AUGGUCAACCUUCACUUCCCGCCUCAGCAGCCAUUGACGCCUAAAUUGUCCGAUUUGAGGUCUUACGAUGACGACGAAGUUGCUAUCCCCACCGCCGGCGGCAGAUUUAUCUCAAUUCUGGAGGCUGCCGAUGAGAAUGCGGAGGAUGAAGAUGAUUCCGAAGAAUUUCAAGGAUUCUUUUUUAAUCCAACUCAUUCCUCAUCGAUGAAAGCUCCUCCGCCAUUGCAUGCAAGCAGCACCGCGGUGGCGACGAUUCUGAAUCGGUCGCAUCGAUGA